CCGGCUCGAAACUCGCGCGAAUCGCAACAUCGAAUCUUUUGCCAGUCAAGAUUGUCUCGCAGCCAUUGAAACACCCCAAUCGCUCUUUUUGCAGCGGUCGUCACGAUGUCUUUCCCUACUCCUUCGCUCCGGGCGCCCGCACAUCCCCAGUACAAGAGCCCCUACGGCCCCAAGUACUUCUACCAGUCUCACGUCGCUGGCAUCACCACGAAGACCCUCGUUAGGACGGGCGUCAAGUCCGGUCUGUACGGCGGAGUUGCCCUCUUUGCCGUCAUCUUCUUCGCUUCCGGCAUCCCAAGGAUUCAGCAGGAUAUUCUCCAGAAGGUUCCUAUCAUCGGCAAGCGCUUCGUCCGCGAGAUUCACCCUGCGGACAACCCGUUCUAAAUCCGCUCGCUCGUGGGUUUGUGUGGUUUCAGGAGCUCGGUUGUAGACUAGGUGUGGGGUCCGGCGCUUUGGGUGUAAUUGAAGCGUGUAGAAAAGAGCAUUAUAGACACCCUUUUUUAAACCUCCUCAGCUCUUUCCCAACAGUGGCAGCCGUUCGAGCUGUUGAUAUCGGCUCUGAAUCAAGUCGGGGGCUUACUUUGACAUGUUCCACGCAAGUACUUUACAGAGCUGCGCACGG